AUGGCUGUAGCAACCGAAAAGAUUCCUCAGUCUUCAGAAAUGGAUAAUGGGUUUGAAGUGACAUGGCAAGGUCCAGACGACCCUAGCAAUCCUCGAAAUUGGACUACAGGGAAGAAAUGGCAGAAUGUGCUGCUCAUCAGUGUUCAGGCUACUUUGUCACCAAUGGCUUCUACUAUGUUAGCUGUCACUGGCACGGCCAUUGCACACGAUUUCCAUCUCACGGACACGUAUACCCCCAGUCUUCCUACCGCAUUAUUUGUACUUGGAUUUGGGCUGGGACCUCUAUUCCUGGCACCACUAUCUGAGCUCUACGGCCGUAGAAUAAUCUACGUUUCGUGUUUUGUGGCCUUUACCAUCACCAAUAUUCUAUGUGCUGUAGCACCCGAUAUGGCUGCUUUGGCCGUCUUCCGUCUACUUUCUGGCAUGGCUGGAUCUGCAGGCCCGAGUAUCGGUGGCGGAACUAUUGGAGACAUGUUUCCACCAGAGACUCGGGGACGCGCUCAGUCCGUGUAUAGCUUUGGUCCAACAGGAGGGUCAGCUCUGGGUGGCAUCAUUGGAGCCUUCAUUCUGGCUGGCACUGGAAAAUGGCGAUGGGUACCGUGGAUAAUGGCUAUAGCAUCUGGUGUUACGAGUGUUGUUUCUUUCCUUUUUCUCAAUGAGAGCUUCGCACCAUUGAUUCUUCGCAAGAAAGCUGCCAAGCAACGGAGCUCUUCGGGCAACAAUGACUACCGCAGUGCGUUCGAUAGCACUCUUGGUCAUCGGCAACUACUAUCUCGCAGCUUGACCCGAGCUGCGCGUAUGUUAGUGAUGGCACCCGCGUGUACUGCGAUGAGCAUCUAUAUGGCACUGAUAUACGGGAUCUUAUAUCUCCACAUGGUCACACUCCCUCUUCUGUACGGAUCAGAGCCUUUGUAUGGCCUUCCAUCAUACAGGUGGCCGGCAUCGCUGACAGGACUCUCCUAUUUGGGCGUUGGUUUUGGUUCUUUUGCCGGUGUCUUCGUCUGCGCAGUCGGCUUGAACCGCACAUACGAUCUAAUGAAAGCGCGCGCCAGUCACCAGGAAGGUUCGAUGGAGAACCGAGGCCCCGAGUAUCGAAUGCCGCUCAUGCAGAUUGGGGCCUGCAUUGUCCCAGCUGGACUCUUAGUCUUCACUUUUACUGCACGUGAGGAUGUACAUUGGAUUGUUCCGCUGAUUGGUGCAGCAAUCUUCUCCAUGGGAAUGCUGAUGACCUACAUCUGUGUGACAACCUACUUGGUGGACUCGUUUGACCAUUAUUCCGCCAGCGCCCUGGCUGCCAUGACUCUCACCCGCAGUGUCCUGGGCUUCGUCUUUAGUUUGAUUGGGUUCAAACUGUACGAGUCGUUGGGUUAUCAAUGGGGAACUCUGCUGCUGGCGAUGUUGUGUGUGGUGAUGAUGCCCUUACCAACGAUAUUCUAUUUUCAGGGUCCAAGAUUGCGCAACAUGGGCCAUGGAUCUAAACUGUGA